AUGGAUCUCCGAGAAAGAGCCCUUCUCAGUGGAGACAGACUUCGGAUUCUCCUGAUGCUCUUCCAUGCAAUGGCCCAAACCGUGGCAGAACAAGAAGUGGAAAAUCUUUCGGGCCUUUCCACGAACCCCGGGAAAGACAUAUUUGUGGUGCGGGAAAAUGGGACGACGUGUCUCAUGGCAGAGUUUGCAGCCAAAUUUAUUGUACCUUAUGAUGUGUGGGCCAACAAUUACGUGGAUCUGAUCACAGAACAGGCUGAGAUCGCCUUGACCCGGGGAGCUGAGGUGAAUGGCCGCUGUGGCCACAACGAGUCGGAGCUGCAGGUGUUCUGGGUAGAUCGCGCCUACACACUCAAAAUGCUAUUUGUAAAGGAAAGUCACAACACUUCCAAAGGACCAGAGGCGACUUGGAGGCUGAGCAAGGUGCAGUUUGUCUAUGAUACCUUAGAGAAGACUCACUUUAAAGACCCAGUGAGUGCUGGGAAGCACACAGCAAACUCUCAUCACCUCGCUGCCUUGGUAACCCCAGCUGGGAUGUCCUAUGAAUGUCAGGCUCAACAGUCCAUUUCUCUGGCCUCCAGUGAUCCGCAGAAAACUGUCACCAUGAUUCUGUCCGCAGUGCACAUCCAACCCUUUGACAUCAUCUCUGAUUUCGUCUUCAGUGAAGAGCAUAAAUGUCCAGUGGAUGAGCGAGAGCAGUUGGAAGAGACCUUGCCCCUGAUUCUAGGUCUCAUCUUGGGCCUUGUCAUUGUGAUAACACUUGUGAUCUACCACAUCCACCAUAAAAUGACUGCCAACCAGGUGCAGAUCCCCAGAGACCGAUCCCAGUAUAAGCACAUGGGCUAA